AUGUUGUUCUUUUUACUUCUCACUAUUCGUCCACUUGCGGCUCUCGAUGUCGCCCUAAUACCUUUAACUGGAGUGUACAGUCACGAUGUCAUGAUGAGAGAUGUUGGGAUGGGAAUGCCCCACGGAACCAACAUAACAUGGAUCCAAACGUACCUCUACGAUUUCGGCUUUGGUGAGAUUGGUUUGCCUUCACAAUGGACGAAAAUCAGGUACUGGGGACAUGACAAAGAAGGUAAACAUCGUUCAAAUUUUCAUUUCCGCCAUUUAUCAUCACGGAUAACAUAG